UAGAACCAUCUAUAAGAGGAUUUAACCCAGAAGACCCCUUACCAGAACACCAAGUAACUGAAGCAGAUAUAAUCCAAUUAGAAAACUUAGACAUGAUCCAACCCGAAGAAUAUACUAAAGAAAACUUCCAACAAGUAGCAGCAACAAAUAAGUACAUUAAAAUGUACUCAGAAUUACUAGAAGCAAUCUGUAAGAGUUGUCUACUACCAGAAACUGAUAAAGAAAUAAUUAAUAGAAUAUGUGAGAAAUGCAAUUACUGCCUCAACUAUAAGGACUCUAACCCCAAAGAAGACUUAACACAUGGCUAUUGCCCUAA